UAAGCAGCUAAUCUUCUUCAGUAUAAUAACAGCCUUAGACAAUCAUUAAAACCUUAAACACAAUGAAGACUGCUGCAGUUAUUGUUUUUCUGGUCUAUCUGCUUGCUCCAGAAGUACACGGGCAGAACAAGACUCACAAAGGCAGGUGCUUCUGUGCUGACAAAGGAGCGGAUGUGGUUUUAAGGAAAAAUAUUGAGAAGUUUGAAAUCAUGCCUCAAAGUCCAUCUUGUGGAAAACAAGAGGUUAUUGUCACUUUGAAGAGUGGAGAGCGGAAAUGCUUGAACCAAGAGUCUAAAUUCACCCAGAACUUAAUCAGGAAGGCUCUUGAAAAGAUGGCCCAGCAGUCAGAGUGAAGCUUCAUGUGAAGCUGGAUUAGAUUCUACACCACUGAAGAACAUCCCAUGAUACCCAUGAAAUGCUGUGUAACCUCUAUAGUUGACAUUAGACUGGAGAACAUGUAAACUGUUUAGUGUAAAUAUUUGCUUGUUAAUUUAUGCAACUAUUUAGAGUGGGACACUAUUUAGUAAUUAUAAAAUGUUUUGUUUCUUUUAAAAUUUUAUUUUAGGUAUAUUCUUGUUUUAUAUUCAUAUUAUGUACUGUUACAAUUUACUUAUGGCGUUUAAUUAUUUUAUCGUCCAUCUGUGUCCAAAUAAAACAUUU